AUGUCUUCUCCUAAAUCCCCUAGCCGAUUCAUCUACGAGCGAAACCCGACCAUGUCCGAGCCCAGAGACGAGAGCACGGAUCUAAGCAGCUAUCCAUCUUCUAUUCAACCUUCAGAAGAUUGGCCUGACUCGCCCGAAUAUUACGACCGGUUCUCCCCGACCCUACACCAUGGCCAUGGACCAUUCGCGGACGGCAUCCCACGAGAAGCUCAUAUAGGGGCGGGACCUCAUUCUCGAGAUGUCACCCCUUAUGGGCAAUCAUCUGAACGAGACGAUACUAGCGCCGUGAUGUCCCUGUUCAGUGACAACGGCGUGCCUGAACACGUCGCUCACGCCCUCAACGACCCAGGAUUCCGAUGCUUCGUCGCCCGACAAGUACACGACAUCUGUCUUGGAGUUAGUCAAGAUUUCAUCCAGGGCUUCCGGCGCAACAUUGAACAGCGGCUCUCGGAGCUUCAGCAUAAUGAGUCUCGUCGUUUCCCAGACCGUAUUUCUAUAUUCGACGAGACGGCACGAAGUCUCUACAGGAGCACACACGUGACGGCUUCUUUGACGACUAACACGACCGGAAUCUGCUCUAUCCUCUGGGCCAGGGGGAAUGCGUUGCAGAUGCUAUCUUCAGAAUCGGUAUCUAGAGCGCUAGAGAGUAUGAGUGUGGUGAACGCAGCUGCGGAGGAUAUCGCGAGGGUCUUUGAUAUUGUCUUGGAGCGAGGGGACGUCCACGAGGCGGAGGCGAGGAACGUCCUCCAGGCUGGAAUGGCAUUUUGUGAAAGACUGGAGUAUCUGGAUAACCGUGAGGAUCUGGAGAAUCUGGUUCGUGUUUUUCCGUGA